AUGGGGCACAAUUGGUUUGGUGAAGGAAGUAAGGUUAUCAUCACUAGUAGAAACAAGCAGGUUCUCAACAUUCCUGAAGUGGAUUGGACCUAUGAACUUAACUGCAUGGAUUUUGAUAAAUCUCUUCAACUUUUCAGCACACAUGCAUUUAGAAGAGAUCGUCCAUUGGAUGAUUAUCUCGCCCACUCCAAAAAGGCUGUAGGCAUUGCUGGAGGUCUUCCUCUAGCUCUCGAGGUUAUAGGUUCGCUUUUAUCGUGCAAAAGUAAAGAAAAGUGGGAUGCCAUACUGAAAAAGUUGGAAAAAGUUCCUCAUGAGGAGGUCAGCAGUAAGCUCAAGAUAAGUUACGAGGCACUAGAUGAUCGGCAAAGGCACAUCUUUCUCGAUGUAGCUUGUUUCUUCAUUGGAUGUGACAAAGAAAUGGUAAUCCACAUGUGGGAUGAGACUAAACUUUUUCCAGAAGAAGCUUUGGAAGUUCUGCAGCAUAUGUCCUUGAUAAAGAUCAUACGAAAAAGUGAGUUGUGGAUGCAUGAUCUAAUAAGGGACCUGGGGCGAGAAAUCAUCCGCCAAGAUAGUAAUAUGGCAACAGAGAAGCAGACUAGGGUGUGGGAUGCUGAUGAUGCGUUAGAUUUGCUGAGGAGAAACCAGAAAAAGAAGCAAGUUGAAACUCUUGGUCUCUGGUUUCGCCAUGGUCUCUGGUUUCGCUGGUUUCGCCAUGAGGCGGAACCCUACUUUACAGAUGAGGACUUAAUGAGAUUUCCAAAUCUAAGGUUCCUUAGGGCGGAGAGCUUAAAAGUUCUGAUCAUGUCGCGUUGCUGCCGGUUGGUUAGAACUCCCGACUUCUCCGGACUUGCAAAUUUAGAACGACCGAUCAUGCAGGACUGUACGAGCUUGGUCAAAGUUGAUGAAUCCGUCGGUCAGUUACAGCGGUUGGUUGUCUUAGACGUCAGGUUUUGCUCGCAACUACGUGAUUUGCCAAAUGAGGUUUACAUGCUGAAAUCUUUGAAAGAGCUCCUUGUUGAGGGCACACUAGUGGAGCACAAUGUGAGCUCUAACCCCAGCUAUGGAUCUCUUCCAGAGAAGGCGUUGAGUAGGCAUCCGCUGAAGAUGGCCAGCCGGUACACAUAA